AUGGCUCAGCAUGAGCUUCCUAUGAACUUGAGAGAAGACAACCUAAGUGAAGAAACCAAGAAACUGAUCUCUUCACUUCCUUCAGACAAAGAUUCUCAAGGGAAGCUCUGCAAGUACCAAGGAUGUUGGUAUUACUACAACACUCUCCAAGCAGUCAUCAACUUCCAAGAAAAUUUCAAGCCGCAAGGCACCGAUAUAGUUCUCGCUUCUUUCCCAAAAUCCGGCACAACGUGGCUCAAGGCACUCUCGGUCGCACUCUUGGAGAGAUCUAAACACGACCAUGAUGAUCCUCUGACACAUCCUUUGCUAUCCGAUAAUCCUCACGGCAUAGUACCAUUCUUCGAGAUCGAUAUGUAUCUCAAAAGCUCAACACCGGACCUAACCAAGUUCUCAUCAUCAUCAUCAUCUCCGAGGCUUUUUGCGACUCACAUGCCAUUGCACACCGUGAAAGAGGGUCUCAAGGAUUCUCCUUGCAAGAUUGUGUACUUGUGUAGGAACGCAAAGGACGCUUUGAUAUCGCGUUGGUACUUUAGGUGCAAGUAUCAGAAGAAUGAAGUAGCAAGAAGCAUUCUCGAGUCAAUGUUCGAGUCGUUCUGUACCGGAGUUAGCUUCUACGGUCCCAUUUGGGACCAUGCUCUCAGCUAUUGGAAAGGAAGCUUGGAAAACCCGAAGCACGUCCUUUUCAUGAGGUACGAGGAGUUGAAAACGGAGCCUUGGGCUCAGCUCAAGAGGCUUGCUGAGUUCUUGGGUUGUCCUUUCACUACGGAAGAAGAAGAUAGUGGAGUGGUUGACAAGAUCUUGGAGCUAUGCUCUCUUGAUAAUUUGAGCGGCUUGGAGGUGAAUAAAACCGGAAAGACGUGGAUGAACGUGGAUUACAAUAGCUAUUUCCGUAAAGGAGAGGUUGGUGACUGGAAGAAUUAUCUAACUCCGGAAAUGGAGAACAAAAUCGAUAUGAUCAUUGAGGAUAAAUUGAAAGGUUCCGAUUUGAAGUUCUAA